GUAUCCCUCCGGAUGGAUCUGCUCCAUCAGGCCCUCCUGCAGAUACUCCCCGAAUUCCGCCGGUGACGGUUGCACUGCCAAGCAGACAAACCGAGAUCAACCAUCUCAAUACUACACUGUCAAACCAAAAUCACAAGAUGUUCAAGAGAAGCGAGCACGGCCGUACAGCGUGGAUCGUGGAUGCGAUGGCUCAUCCGGCUGACAUCGUACCAGCCCUCGCGGUGGGCACGCGAGCCGGACGCGGCGCGGGGAUAGUGACGGACGAGAAGGCGCUGCAGCGGAGGAAAGGAAAGCGGAGGCCUGGCUCGCGGAAAACAACGAGCCACGCUCAUCAGCGCAGACUCCAUCGCGGAGAAAGAAACACCAGUGCAGGUACAGAGGGACGGAAUAACAGGAUCGCCGAUCAAUGUUUUACACUGCUUAUUUAUUUAUUAUCCACGGGAACUGUAGAAAACUGAAAACCCAUCAUUUAUAAUCCAGAAAAUAACGAAAUAUGUUAUAAGAUAUUAAAGAUAAUAAGAAUCAAGAAUGAUGAAAAAUGCAACGAACGAACAGUGAAUUUCGUUGUCAGAAUUAAUUUUACACUAACGUAACCAUCUUGACCUAUGGUGGUUAUCACGGCGACACCACCACUUCCGCUUGUGCAGCUGAAUUUCAUGUCAGAACCUGCACCAUUUGCGUUGUUUGCCUUUUUUAUUCGGUUUCUAAUUUUUUGAAUCGAAUUUCUCGAACUCACCGGGCUGAUUUGGAUCUCCGAAUUUGGAUAAACAUCCCUACUGUUUUGCAUUUGGCAAACCGAUCUCUUGAGUGAAAAUGGGGAUUCUGGAGAAGAUCAGCGAUAUCGAAGCGGAGAUCAGUCGCACGCAGAAGAAUAAAGCGACGGAGUACCACCUGGGUCUGCUCAAAGCCAAACUAGCCAAAUAUCGUCAGCAGCUGCUGGAGGGCGGCGGCGGCAAGAAGGAGAAGGGUGAGGGCUUCGAUGUGAUGAAGAGCGGGGAUGCGCGUGUGGCGCUCAUCGGAUUCCCGUCGGUGGGCAAAUCUUCCCUCCUCUCCACCGUUACGAAGACGGCGUCGGAGUGCGCUUCCUACGAGUUCACCACGCUUACCUGCAUUCCUGGCGUCAUCGACUACAAGGGCGCCAACAUCCAGCUGCUAGAUCUGCCGGGGAUCAUCGAGGGCGCCGCGCACGGCAAGGGUCGCGGGCGGCAGGUGAUCGCCGUGGCGCGCACCGCCGACAUGGUGGUCAUGAUGCUGGACGCCUUGAAGGGCGAGGUGCAAAAGCGACUGCUGGAGGCAGAGUUGGAGUCGGUGGGACUGCGGUUGAACAAGAAGAAACCCAAGAUCUACUUCAAGAUCCAGAAGAGCGGCGGCAUCAAGUUCAACGCCACGUGUACGCUGACGCGCAUCGACGAGAAGAUGGUGCAACUGAUUCUGCACGAGUACAAGAUCUUCAACGCCGAGGUGGUCUUCCGCGAGGACUGCUCGGCCGAUGAGUUUAUCGAUGUGAUUGACGGCAACCGGAAGUACCUGCCCUGCCUAUACGUGUAUAAUAAAAUCGAUAAUAUUUCCCUGGAGGAAGUAGACCGUUUGGCGCAUCUGCCGAACUCCGUCGUCAUCAGUGUGCAGAUGCAGCUGAAUCUGGACUAUCUGCUGGAGAUGAUGUGGCUGUAUUUGAGUAUGAUGCGCAUCUACACCAAGAAGCCCGGAAAGCACCCGGAUUUCUCGGAUGCCAUUAUCCUGCGCCGCGGCGCCACGGUGGAGCACGUGUGUCACGCGGUGCACCGGACGCUGGCCGAGCAGGUCAAGUACGCCUUGGUGUGGGGAACGAGCACGAAAUACUCGCCGCAGCGCGUCGGUCUGCAGCACCGCAUGGACGACGAGGACGUCAUCCAGGUCAUCAAGAAGUAGCCAGCCCGGAAGCGUCCUCCUCCCGUCCGUCUUCCCGGCAUCCCGUCUUUCGUCGUAUCCACUGUGUGUGUUUGUCAACUUGUGUGCCUCCAGGUCAUUUUUGUAUUUUCAUCCAGUUAAUUUCUUGUGUAAUUCGCCCUUUGUACUGACCAGAAACGCAUUGACUAUUAAACUGCACAACCGAGGU